CAAAACAGUGAUACACUUUGGUGUUUAUCUGUCACUUCGGCUUGAGACAGACAGGGAGAGAAUAUUUUUUCGGCAUGGUUUCCUUCGCUGAGAGGCUGAGACCAUCUCCCUCGGGAUCCCUUCAGAUGGGGGGACUGUGCGAGAAGACAUGUCUAUGAGCGAGAGAGAGCUAGAGCGAGGGAAAGAGCAUGUGUGUGCACACAGAAAGGAAAGGGGCAGAGUGUGAGUGCGAGCGCAGAUGAUGCUGCUCGUGGAAGGAGAUGGUGCAGGUCUUGGCUUUCCUUCCUGUGCUACAAGAUUUUCCCCACUAAGGUUUGACCUCUGCGUCCUGUCAGUGUGGCACGUCAGCUUCUCGGAGAGACACAGAACGACAAAGGGAAGGGAGGAGGGUGGUACAGGCAGAGGAUAUCAUGUGUGUGCUAUAACUAAGGACAAGGAGCAGACAGAGUUGGAGAAGAAGGGAAAUAAGACACAAGGCAGAAGCUGCAGACACCGUCCCUUUAUUGGCCAGAACCGGCAACAAAGACAAAAGAGGUAAAGCCUCUGAAGCCGAGACUCAGGCGUUCUGCCUCGUUACUCCUCGGAUUCCAUGUGCCACUGGCGUCUCAUCGAGGGCGAAUAGCAUGUCUGUGUCUGGAAAAAAGGAGUUUGACGUGAAGCAGAUCCUCAGGCUCCGCUGGCGCUGGUUCAGCCACAGCACACAGACCUCAGCUGGGAAUGGGGGCUACAUCCAACAGGAAGGUUUUGACCACCGGGGAACACCGGUCCGGCUGAAGAGUCACUCCCGGGACAGAGGAGGACUCCGCAAGAGCAACAGCCCCGUGCACAGCAUUCUGGCACCGAACCCUGGACCCACGCCUGUUUAUGCCAGGCCAGGCGAUCAAUCAUGGCACCAGCAAAACAUCAUCCAGCACCUCCAAGCCAGCGAGGAGCAACUUCCCAAGAGCAACUCACCUUGCAGUGCCAGGAAAGAGGAGGCGAAGAGCAGCCACGAGGAUGUGAAGAGCAAUCCGGAGGAUCCCUGUGAGGAGGAAGCCACAGACAGGUUGGCUUUGAGCGGUUUCUCUAGGAUGAGCUCCAACUGCUCUGAUGAGUUUUUCCAGGCCACGAACCAUGCGGAACAGACCUUUCGAAAGAUGGAGACCUAUCUUCAGCACAAGCAGCUGUGUGAUGUACUUUUGAUAGCUGGAGACCACAAGAUCCCCGCACACAGACUUGUCCUGAGCACAGUUUCAGACUACUUUGCUGCCAUGUUCACCAAUGAUGUGAGGGAGGCAAAACAAGAGGAAAUUAAAAUGGAGGGUGUAGAUCCUGAGGCGUUGCGAGCACUGGUUCAUUUCGCAUAUACUGGAGUCCUGGAGCUAAAAGAGGACACAAUUGAAAGUCUGUUAGCUGCUGCUUGUCUCCUCCAGCUCUCACAAGUUAUUCAGGUCUGCUGUAACUUUCUGAUGAAACAACUGCACCCAUCCAACUGCCUGGGGAUCCGUUCGUUUGCUGAUGCUCAGGGAUGCAUGGAUCUUUUGAACGUCUCUCACAACUAUACUACGGAACAUUUUCUAGAGGUCAUUCAGAAUCAGGAGUUCCUCUUGCUGCCCACAACAGAAAUUGUCAAGCUUUUGGCCAGCGAUGACAUCAACGUUCCAGAUGAAGAAACGAUUUUCCAAGCACUGAUGAUGUGGGUUCGCUAUGAUGUGCAGCACCGACAACGGGAUCUGGGAGUGUUGCUGGCGUAUAUUCGACUUCCCCUUUUACCACCACAGCUUCUUGCUGAUCUGGAAAACAAUAAGAUGUUUUCAGAAGACCUGGAAUGCCAGAAGCUCCUGAUGGAAGCCAUGAAGUACCAUCUUUUGCCAGAACGCCGUCCCAUGCUACAGAGCCCAAGAACCAAACCACGGAAAUCCACUGUUGGAUCGCUUUAUGCUGUUGGAGGCAUGGACGCCUCUAAAGGGUCUACAACGAUAGAGAAAUACGACCUUCGCACAAACAGAUGGAUCCAAGUUGGUAUCAUGAAUGGGCGAAGACUUCAGUUCGGGGUUUCAGUGAUUGAUAACAAACUCUACGUGGUUGGAGGAAGGGAUGGACUCAAGACUUCUAACAUGGUGGAGUGCUACAACCCAAUCACUAAAGUGUGGUUCACCAUGCCGCCAAUGUCAACCCACAGACACGGAUUAGGAAUUGCUGUGCUAGAGGGGCCCAUGUAUGCAGUGGGAGGCCAUGACGGAUGGAGCUAUUUGAACACAGUAGAAAGGUGGGACCCCCAGGCGAGGCAGUGGAAUUAUGUGGCCAGUAUGUCCACACCACGCAGCACAGUCGGGGUCACUGCUCUCAAUGGAAAGUAA